GGUCCACUCUUGCAUGAUGAUGCCCUCUUGGCUGUUGCCAUGUCCCCCGAUGGAAAAUACAUUGCUAGUGCUGGACUAGACAAAAAUAUAUAUGUAUGGAGCCUGGGGGUGGCGCUCAAAGUUGUACAUGCGGAAUAUGGGAAUGCAAAGCUUGAGGGAUGUCCAUCCAAAUCGAGAGUUGUGCGCCAACCGAUCCUGAGAACCAGGCUUGAGACUCGCACACCGAGUCAUAAACAAUCAUCUUUCAAUACCAAAGAUAUAGCACCCACACGCCCUCGAAGAGAUAUUCGGAAUGUGUUACGAAUGGAUGACAGGAACGGGACAGAAACCGAUGCUACCAUCGAGUCUAAUACUACUUCCAAGGAUCACGCACCAUCUCCAAAGCGGACCAGAGCACCGUCACAUGCACUUCAAGAUCUUACUGAUGAGCUCCAGGGAAGACCACGUUAUCCGAUCACUUCUGGAGGCUUUGGAGACAUCUGGAACUUCGGAAGUGUGAUUUAGUAAAGCCCGUGACUGUCCAG